AUGAACAACGGUGCAGAGCUCGGUGUCACCAGCUCACACGCGGGGACGACGCAGGCCGUGGUACCCUUCGAUCCCCGCAGUUCAGUGCCGCUCGACCCCUCCUUGCGGUGCCGUGAGCGCAUCAGUAUCAAAUCAUCGAAGUCGGCGCUGUUGCACCUCUUGCCCGAGUUUCGUGAGGUGCUGCGGGAGAUGGGCGUCAGCUGGGAUAUGAUGUUAUUGCUAUUUCUCUUUCGGGCACGGUAA